AUGAGGUAUGUACGCAAUACAGAGGACAUCUCAUCGGGCCGUAGAGCACAGCUCAGCACAGCACAGUACACAAUGAUGAAAGGUUCCAGAAGAGCAGGCAAUAACUCGGUCACCACACUCAACACCCCCGUGGUCAUCCACACUACACAGCUGCCCCAGCACGUCUCCACGGAUGAGGUCCUACAGUUCCUGGAGGGCUUCAUCAACGAGAAGGAGAGCAUCAUUGACAGCACCACGAUGAACACCAUCAACGUCAACGCCGCGGACGCGGACGUUGCCGCCGGUGCCGCCAACCCCGGGCUAAACAUGGACACUAAUCUGUCCAGCUCCGUAUCACAACUGAAGAGAAUCCAGAGAGAUUUUAAGGGCUUGCCUCCCGCCCAGGACUUCUCUGCCGCACCCAUUCUCGUAUCCACCGCCGCCAAGGACGAGACUAGUGUCGGCGUCAGUGCCAGUGCCACCGGCGGCAAGAAGACUACAUUCGCUGACGAGUAG